CAAUCAGUAUUUCAAUGCUUGCUCCAGCUCUGAAACAGCAGCGAGCCGUGUAACUGGAGAUGGGCGGCAGCCAGUGGCGGAGAGAGGCGGUCUCAGCGAGUCCCAGUGACGGGAGGCCCCCGGGUUCAUGCGAGGGGAGCCCGCGUCCCGGAGUGAACUCCACGGCAGGAGACAGAUAAGGGGGGCUGUGACUUCCAGGGAGAAGCAGAGGCAAACGCGGCGAGCAGGGAGACGGAGCAGCGCCACGGAGUGCGGGGCAAGCGGGGCAUUACUGGACCAACAGCGAGACCCAGUAACUGUGCACUAAUAACAAUAAUAAUAAUAAUAACAGGGUGUUAUAAACACUCAGCGCACACCACAUAACCCGCGACUUUGGCAAUUAGGACUGACAAAUAUUGGUCCAAGGUGGGGCUGCUGCAACACAAGGCGAGGUGAAGAACAGCCAGCUGUGCACACAGUGCACUCUUCAACUAAGUGAGAAAUCAAGCACGCCCUUGACCCGAUGAACAGGACAGAGAACUUCCAAGACAUGCAGGCAGGGCGCAACCACGGCAGCCAGACGUCUGCAGAGCUCCUGCAAGAACUGGGUCCUCUCUCCCCUAAUCUCGAGGUCCAAACUGGGGCUCUGUCCUUCACCGACGAAACAGUGUCCAUCCUGAGCACCAACAGCCUCCUCGCGCGCUCCCUGUUCGGCCACGCUGCCCUGAAGCGCAAAGACGCCAGCUCCCUCCGAAGGAAACGGGAAUUCAUCCCCAACGAGAAGAAGGACGAAGGCUACUGGGACAAGAGGAGGAAGAACAACGAGGCGGCCAAGCGUUCCCGGGAGAAAAGGCGCGUCAACGACAUGGUCCUGGAGAAGCGCAUCCUCGCGCUGCUGGAGGAGAACGCCAGGCUCAAGGCUGAACUCCUGGCCAUCAAAUUCCGAUUCGGGCUGAUCAAAGACCCUGCGGAGACCACUGUCCUGCCAGCCCAGCCUUCGAGGUGCCACCCUGAGGCGGCCGGCCCGCCCUCCAUGCCUCCCCACCCCUCCCAGCCUGGUUUCCUCCCCAGGGCGAACGGUCCUUAUGUGGUUACAGAGGGUCAUUCUCACCCCUACCUCCAGGGAUCCGGGCACCGGUCCAUGAACCGUGACACCCCCUGCUUCUCGGAGGACUCUGGAUUUUCCACCCCCGGUAGCUCAAGCGUUGGCAGUCCAGUGUUUUUUGACGAGCGUCUUGGCGAUCAGGAGACCCUGAUGAGAGCGGAGGACCACAGCUUUCAAGGACACCGCUGUCCAGGGAGCAGCGACACUGAAGCAGAGCCGGUGGCGUCAGCGGUGACUGGAAGGCACUAUCCUGGCCAGGUCCCCCGCACUGGGAGGCUCGAUCUCGGGGAAGGGAUCAAGUGCUUGCCCCAUAAGUUGCGGUUCAAGUCAGCCAGCGGACCGGAAUUGGAGUUCGCUACACUGGAAGCAACGCAGAACCAGGGCAGCCCAAUUCACACAAGCGUCCCGAGAGAGCCAAUGAGGGAACAGUUGAGAGAGCAACCCCGCCCUUUCCACCAGCCCCACAGCCAAUCGGAAGUCGUCGGGGUAGUGCAGCCCAUUUGGAGAAACCAAGCAGGCAAGGACCCCAAGCAGGGGCCGCCCUGCCGGAUGCCUGAAGACCCCCAAUACUGCGGGCAGCAGGGAGCGUACCCCAGCGCCAGCCCCGCUGAUCCCUCGUACCACGCCGAGAACACUGCCCUCAAAUCCCAGCUCACAUCCCUCUCGGAGGAAGUGGCCCAGCUGAAGAGGCUGUUCUCCCAGCAGCUGUUCACUAAAACCAACUGAAACAUUCAGCUGGACACUUCAGACAUCUCCACCCUGCCUGGGCAAAUAUCAGAGUGGAGCUGGAGCACACUAACAUACCCCUUAGACACGGCGCGCACAGCGCCAGGAGAUGCAUGGCCUUAAAAACAAGAAUCCCAUUGAGAUUCACUUGAAUAGAAACAAUUUGUAAAGCUCGAAACUGUACGGAAAAGUGAACAGGGAAAAUAAAACUGAAGUCUAAACUCUGGUCCAAAUUACAGGACAUGUGUAUCCCCAAAAAACGGUAUUGAGGGCAGGAGAGAAUCUUUAUGUAAACUUGCACAAUAUGUUAGCCAACAAGCAGCCAGGCCUGCGUACCUAACUUGGCCCACGCCACAACGAGAGUAGCAUCUGUAGGACACAGGCUUAUUUCUGCACUGUUUGGCUGGAAGACCCUGCUAGAAUUCCAUGUCGGUUUGCCGUAAGGCAGCACAGGAUUACUCGCUAAGGCUGUCGCUGUUGUCGGGGCUCAUGUGAAACUCAUGAGAUUCAAAAGCAGUUUGAUCCCCUUCGUUCAAUCACUACACUACAAAACAAAUAAACACAUUGCUCUUUUCUGUAUAAAGAUAGACUUUCUUUCUAUCUAUCUAUCUAUCUAUCUAUCUAUCUAUCUAUCUAUCUAUCUAUCUAUAAUUUGGAGAACAUCUGUACUGUAAAUAUUUAUGAUAGAUGAAAAUGUGGAUGUAUUGGACAGACCAUCUCAAUCAAUACCCUUUUUGUAACUAAAUAAACAAUUUUUUUAAC